AAUCUAUGACUGUUCGCCCUUCCAAAGCAAAAUACGGGGCACAGUAAUAUUGCUUUAAAGUUGCGAGGUCGCGUCGCUCUGAACCAUUCACGCAAUAACCGACCUACAACUCACGUCGUUACUUCUAAAUUUUAAGAACUCAAGAUGUGGUUUGCGUAUUUUGCCUCUAUCCUGGCGUUGGUAGCGUUAGCCCAGGGUUACGGCGAUGGCGCGCCCCCUAGCGCUUGCAAGGACAUGAUCCCAAGACAUCCCGUACCUCCACAAUCGACGCCUGCACCCUACACCAUCACCCCCAGUACCAAGGUAGUCAAGGCUGGUACACCAAUGGAAGUAACGAUCUCCGGCAACUCCGCGGCGGAUACCAUCCGUGGCAUCAUGCUGCAGGCGCGAGCUGGUGCUAAGAUUGUGGGAACUUUCAAGGUGGACCCUGAUGAUCGUCUCGCUAGACUCAUGAAGUGCGAUGUCCAAGGGGACACAAUAACCCACAAGAGACACGACCCCAAGGACGACAAGCAAACAGUCAGCUUCACGUGGACCCCACCAGCUGACCUCAAUGAUAAUAUCAAAUUCAGGGCUACGAUCGCUUAUACUGGGGAAGUCUUCUGGGUUGGGCUAGAAUCUGCCCCUGUCAAAGUAACCCUUUAAAUGAUAAGUUAACAAUAACGUACCUCAAUUUGUACAAAUAUGUAUUAUUUAAAAAGCUGUGACGUGAUAUUAAAAUAUAAUGUAUACUUUACGUAAAAUAAACAAUUUUCGAUAAAUUAAAGUCCUUUAUUUCUAAACAUCAAAAAUAAAAAAGUACCGGAAAGUUGUAACAAUUUUUUUAUACUACUUGUAGCACCUAGAAAAAUUGUCUUAGAGAUCAAUACAAAAAUUCGUAUAUAUUUUAGCAUAACAUAGGAACGAGCACU